AUGGCAAACGCAGCGGAUAGUCAGCCUUUCUUCGAGCAACAUGCUCGCAAGAUCGGAAUGGAGCAGCCACUCUUGGACAAAUUCAUAGCUGGAGGGGUCAAGACGGUGUCCAUGGCAGCCUAUGCCGCCACUCAACCGGGCCAACCUCUCACAGAUAGGGAGGUCUCCACUCUAUGUACGAGUCUGGGGCAGAACAACCCCACUCUUGCACAGAUGACGGUUGUCAAGAGGCUCCUGUUCGAGUGCCAGACCAUGAGCUUGGCAAACUUGAAGGCAACCGUGGAACAGCAGCCGGACUCAGUCCUACGUAAGCUGCCAGGAGCUGAGAGAGCCCAGCGCCUGGAAUUGCAGGCUCAAAGGCUGGGCGGACUCUCGAUUGAGCAUGACUUGGAGCCCGCCUUUUCAGUAUAUGAUGCCGUGUCGACACAGGUAGAGCAAGGGUCGCUGAAAUACCUGCACCCGAGCAAGAUUCCCACGCGUCGCCAGGAAUUGGCGCAAGGCAAGCCAACCAAGGAACUUGUGCUGGAUGCUUCGGGGGAUGGCCUCUCGGUUCAAGACAAAUCCUCUAAAGUAGAGGCCCAGUUGGGGUCAGACAUGGCGACUUACAGGGCGUUGCAAAGACGGGGUCUGGCCUACGACCUCGUUGGCAUUUUGAGUUUCAAGGUGCACGAGAAAUGGCUUCAGAAGGCCUUUGCUACCUUGCAAACCCCACCGCCCCCAGGCUUCAACCGUCCGACGCUGCAGCAGGUCCUGCGAGCAGAUCGGGCCUUGUGGAUGGAGCUUGGCAGCAAACAGCCGACCCUGACAAGGGCAGCGGCGAACGCGCCGCUCGCAGACGCCCGGUGCUUAGAUCAAGUCUUUCUGGAAGCCACCAACACGGUUGCAGUCAAUUUUCACUUCAUGCCGACACCUCGUGCGGAAGGGUUCCCAGAUAGAGGAGGCAAAGGCGCUGGCAAGGGCCCCAAGCGCUGGGGUGAUGGAAAAGGGUAUGGACAAUGGAAAUAUCAGAGGAUCGACAAAGGAGACAAGGGCCAAGGAGGCAAAUCAGGCCUCAAGGGGGCCCGCCUCCCCACAAAGGGCAAAUUUGACAGUGGCAAGGGAGGCUUUCCGAACAAGUCCCUUGUCUUGCAAGGAGGCAAGGGGGAGACCCCCAUGCCGGCCGCCUUGCGAGGCGGAGUGCCGAACGACGAGCAAGGAGAGCCUCUUUGUUUUGGCUUCAACCUAGGACAGUGCAAGGACGGACGUCGAAUGACAGCGCUUCUGCGCUGGACCAGGCGAGUCAUCACGGUGCGCAUAGGUCUGGACAAGCGCAAUGUACUGCGCAAGGGCAAGAUCAUACAGCUGGACUUGCUCCUGCUGUCGCACCAAGGUCUUCUGUGGAAAUGGCUGGGUUCUCCAGGACUGGUCGCCGUAUGGCUGGCGCCGCCCUGCGGCACAUCCAGCAGGGCCAGGGAAAUCCCGUUUUCGGGGGAGGACGAGCCGCGUCCUUUGCGGUCAGUGGAGUGCCCGGAAGGGCUCCCAGGCCUUGGCCCAAGCGAUGCAGAAAGGGUGGCAAAGGCUAACGAGCUUUACCGGCUCACGGCCCGAAUCUGGGACUUCUGCUGCGAAAAUGACAUUGUGGUAAUCAUAGAGAACCCCUAUCGCAGUUUCUUCUGGCAUUGCAGCGCCAUUGCACACAUCCUCAGGAGUGAACAAGCGAUCGUGGUCCAGUGCGACUUUUGCAUGAUGGGAGGUUCGAGAUUGAAGCGGACGGCCCUGCUGUGCAACAGCGACCUCAUCACAGGCCUGGCUGUCACGUGUGAUGGAUCCCACGAGCACCUGCCCUGGAAAGUGCAGGAGGGAGUUCUCGCAACAAAGCUUGAGACUGCGUAUCCACACCAGUUUUGUAAGCACUUUGUUUCCCUGCUGCUGCAGCAUCUGACACAGAAGGGCUGUCGGGAUGGUCUGAAUCUCUUGGAGGCAGAUCCCGCAAACUCCUCAGGAGCCAGGGUGGUAACGACACAGGCGAAGACCAAAAGGGCUGCAUCGUUUCAGGUUAUGCCCGAAUUUCGCAGACGAAUCAGAUGGACAGUGCCCGGCCAACUCCGUAGUACUCUCCAGACUACACAGUGGUUGGCACCGGACAGGAUCCCGGGCUUCAAGGCGCCAGGAGCCCCGGCGCUGAGAGUGACGCCCCUACUGUCUUCUGCGACGGAUGUGCUGGUGGAAGUCCCGUGGAACCCACAGGAAUUCGUGGCGAAAGCCCGACUGGCCGGCCACCCCCGGCACCUGUGUCUCGGGGUGCCACCCGCCCUGUGGAAGGCAAUUUUGGCGUGUUCUAAACAGCUUGCAACCAAGGUGAUUGAGACUCGAGCAGCGCAGUCACGGAGAUGGCUCCAGCGAGCCCAGGAGCUGCAGUUAGCUGAAGACGACUUCAAAGCCAGGCUGCCCGAGCACAUCCGCAGCAGCCUCCGUAACAAGAGAAUACUGCUCUUCAAAGAGAUGCUAGAAGCGUCCCACUACGCCGACAAGGCAGUGGCAGACGACCUGGCACAGGGUUUUGAUCUUGUGGGGCAUUUGGACCUUCCGGCAGGCUGGUCCACCGACUUUCGUCCAGCAUUCCUCUCCCUGAAGGACCUGUCCCAACUGACGCAGGAGACGAACCACCAGGUCAUCAAGGAAGUUGAGGACUCAUCUCAGUUCCUGGAAGAACUGUGGCAGAAAAGUCUCGAUGAAGUAUCAAAAGGCUGGUCGGAAGGACCUUUCCGAGAGCAGGACUUGCCACAGGGAGCUGUAGUCAGCAAACGUUUUGCAAUCCAACAAGGGAACAAGGUCAGGCCGAUUGACGACCUGUCCCAGAGCCACAUCAACGAGGCAUUCGGGAGCAUGGGGAAGAUCGAGUUGCAUGACAUCGAGACAAUUGCAGCGUCGGCCAUCUUGUUCCUGAGGCACGCAGGACAAGGUCUGCUGGGUAAAACCAUUGACCUGAAAUCAGCAUAUAGGCAACUACCACUGUCCGAAGAGGCACUCAACAUGGCCUGCGUGGCUGUCAAGGACCCCAAUUCGGGGGAGGUUCGCUUCUUUAGGCUUCUCUGCCUUCCAUUCGGCGCUGUGGCGGCGGUCCAUGCAUUCAUCAGGGUCAGCCUGGCUAUUUGUCAUAUAGGAAACACGUUCUGGCACUUACCUUGGAGCUCUUUUUACGAUGACUUCACACUGUUGUCAACACGACAGCUGGCCACUAGCGCAGAGGCCAGUGCAUGUUUUCUGCUAGACUUGCUCGGCUUUGAGUUUGACAGAGACGGAGACAAGGCCCAGCCGUUCCAGGAGGUCUUCAGAUCUUUGGGGGUCGAAUUUGACCUUACAGAAAGCAGCAAGCAGAUAAUUAGGAUCCAGAAUACAGCAGAGCGGACCAAAAGUCUCAUCGAAGACCUGGCAGCCUUUCAGGAGCAAGGAGCCUCAAGCCCUAAGACCUGGAAUCGACUGAGGGGAAGGCUGCACUUCGUGGCGGGCCAACUCUCUGGGCGCUUGCCGAAGGGCUUCAUGAGAAGAAUCUCUGACAUCAUCAAUGCCCCCGCAUAUGUCAGGAGACAAAACCAAGCCUCCCUUUGCGCAGCACUGCAGGGGCUACGACACUACAUAGCCGAGGCGUCGCCGAGGAUAGUGCGAGCCCAGACCUCAGAGACGGUGUACGCUUUUACGGACGCCUCGCAAGAAGGACUCCAAGGCCUCGAUAUGGGCCUGGGAGCGGUCCUGUUCAAUCAGGAGGGGCACAUCCUGUGCUGGUUUGGCAUUGUGUUGCCGCAUGACCUUGCUGCGAAACUUCUGCAAGGAAAGUCUAAAGUCAUCAACGAGCUCGAGAGCAUAGCUGUUCUCCUGCUAUUCAUUCUAGCCCGAGAGUUUCUGCGGGGGAAACAUGUGAUGUGCUACUUAGACAAUGAGGCGGCGCGCAUAACGCUCCUCAAGCUGACCAGCGAUUCAGAGGCUUUGACCCUCUUGAGCAAUGCUUGCGCAUUGUUAGAACAGGAGCUCGAGAUGAUUCCGUUCUACGCUCGGGUACCGAGCAAAUCCAAUGUGGCGGACGCCCCGUCUCGCCUUGACUUUACAGGGCUGCCACACAAUUGCAGGUUCCAAGACCAGGUGCUUCUUGCGGAAAUGGCCAAGCUGGUGAACUCGCUCGUCGGGCGCGAGGCCUGA